AAUAGUGUUAACGACGUUGAUUCAACGUGACGUUUAAAUGACUGGUAGCGAACGUCCCCGAAUGUCCGCUGGAAGUCUUGCGAACGUUCCCAGAGGCCAUUCAGGGGACGUUCUGGGGAUCUUUUUUGUUAGCUGGGUAGAAACUCGGGAGUGUAAUGCCUGAUUUUACUCAGUAAAGAAACGACGUCUAAAGUGAAUUGGGGGAGCUGGUUUCCCCCAUUCACUAAUUAAACUUGUUUUCAUCAAAUGCUUUACAACCAACAGAAUAUCCUUAGCACGAGAGUGGGCGGCAGUAUUGUCGCAGUUGACAUAUCAGUGACGCAGGAAACGGAAGGCUAUUGAAACACGAGCUGCAUAUUAUUUUGAUUACAAAUUCUUCAGUAUAGACCUGGCACUAACAAACGAAGGAGAGUCUUAUUCAUCGUGGUGGUUUGUAAUGUAUGGAUGGAUAGUUGACGGAUUAUCGUCGCUCUUCGUGCCCUUUUCUGGUGGGAAAUCCGCAGUUUGGCCUAGUGAGCGCGGUAACGGUGAAGCACGAGCCGCGGGCACAGACACACAGCGUCAGGAGAACACCAGGCCCGCCAAACGCAACUAUCAAAGUGUGUACUCUGCUGAUGGUGCAACGGAAUAUCCAGAGACCAAGAGAGCAAGACAUGAUGUGAUUGUCAGAGUUGUGAAGAAAACCUUUGCAGGGAUUGCUGGGCUGUUCCGUUUAAGACACCACAGAAGUGCUGAAUAUGAAAAGCAGAAUGCCUAUGGACCGGUUGGCAGGGCUGGCUUUAUGGGUAUUGAUGACAUACACAGCAACAGCUUGAUAACGUUGCAUGAGAGCAGCGAAAUGGAUACACAGAUGGAAAUUGGUCUUAAGAGUAAAGAGAGAACAGCACCCAAUGUCCACCACAACACACAUGCUUUGAGGAAACCUGAUGGAGUAAUAAUGUACAAAGGAAGCCAGGAUAGAGCCAGAUCUCUGAAGCUGAUGCCGUCUUACGCCUCCCAAGGGCUUAGCGCAAGACCGCCUGACAUGGAGCCAUCAAGCCGUACACACAAACCUUGCCUGACCGUGGAGGAGGCAUUGCGCGAGAGUGAUCGAGAGCACUACAGGAAGCUGGUAGAAAUAGUGUCAGAGAAAUACUCUAAGAGUAAACCACUGCCAUUUGGACUGAUGAAGCCUCUGAUGACAACUUUUCCCCUCGAUGGACACAAGGCCUCCUCCCUCAGUCCCACUACUGACAUGGGCAGAUCUGCUUCUGUGAGAGCCAUCUCCAACAUGUCUGUGUGGAGGAAUCCUAUAUCACUGACGCAGACUAAAGAGAGAAUGAUGGAUGUUAAUCGGUGCACAUUAGGAAGUGAUGUAAAGGAAAGAGGACUGGAUGGUCAAACGGCAAGAAAAAUCCCCGUUGAUGUGGAUCUGUCGGCAGAGGUUGAGGCCAGAUUGAAUCUUAAGGAGAAAGACACAGCAGCAGGGCCUCAGCACUUGUUACCGUCCAGGCCGGAACUGAUUACAGACUCGAUGAGGCACAGUGAGGAGUUUCCCAGACUGACAAAGGAGAUGCAGCAGGAAGUGAGCGCUGCUCUUGCCCAGAGUGAUCCAAACCUGGUUCUAUGCAGUGCUUUUAAACUGCGCAUCACACAGAGGGAUCUGGCAACCCUGCAAGAAGGCAGCUGGCUCAAUGACGAGGUGAUCAAUUUCUACAUGAAUCUCGUGAUGUCUCGCAGUGAGCAGGAAAUAGGAUGCAGGAAGGUCUACUCUUUCAGUACGUUCCUAUUUCCCAAGCUGCAUGGUGGUGGAUAUACUUCUGUUCGGCGCUGGACCAAGGCUGUAGACCUGUUCAUUUAUGACAUCAUCCUGGUUCCCCUUCACCUGGGUGUUCAUUGGUCCCUUGCUGUUGUUGACUUUAAAUCAAAGUCUGUACGAUCAUAUGAUUCCAUGGGCCAAAGGCAUGAUGACAUCUGCAACAUGAUUCUGCUUUAUCUGAAAGAGGAGUUCAAGGUGAAGAAGGGCAGAGAUUUGGACAUCUCUAAGUGGACAGUGAGCAGUGUACGACCUACCGAGAUCCCUCAGCAGAAGAACGGAAGUGACUGUGGUGUUUUUGUUUGCAAAUAUGCUGAUUAUAUCAGCCGAGGACGCAACCUUACAUUCAGACAGAAUCAUAUGCCGUAUUUCAGGAAAGCCAUGAUCUGGGAGAUUCUCAACCAAAAGCUGCUGCAAUAGGAAUGUUGGGAAUGACGUACAGACUGAAUCCGAUUGACCAAUACAAAGGACCACCUAUGUCACAUGUCUAUCCCUUAUGCUCUUUUUGUAGAUGCAUUUUGGCUUUAUUUUAGCCUCUUGCAAAAUUCACCCAGUUGUUGGGAUAGUUGAUUGCUGUUUCUAGGGCAGGUUAUUCAGCACAAAUAGCUGUCGUCUCUGCUAUAAAAAUAUAAACACUAGAAGUGCACAUAUGGAGCAAAAAGCAGAACACUGGACUGAGGUGAGAAUGAAUGUCAGCAGAUGGAAGCCUCAUUAGCAAUUGGCUGGCACCAUUGUCCUUCCAAGUAUGGUGUAAUAAGUCUACUUAUCACCUUCCAAGUAGGGGGUGAUAAGUAGACUUAUCACCCCCUACUGGUUACACUGAGCAGUUCACAGAUGUUGUAAUAGUAAGUUACAAGAUAGAACUUCUUUUCAGUGUACAUUGCUGUCAGAGUUUGGGUUAAGUUUGAGUUCUAAGAAAUGCAGUAUUGUCAGCUUUGUAUGACAAAGCUUAAAUGAAACCAACCAUGUUUAAAACGGAACCAACCAUGUUUAAAACCAACAAUCAUACCCAUCAGUCUCAAAGCCAUCUUUAAUAAUGUCAUAGUUUAUUGUGAGUGGCAAUGAUUUACUUGCACUGAAAGCAGCAGUAUUCUGUGGAUCUGGUUUGUUUUUUUGUGUUAAAAAACAACUGGCCUCAAGUGCCUUGAUCGUAGCACACAUAUUUUGAAGUCAUAAAAGCAAAAUUGUUGUGAAAUAAUAUUACGGCUUCAAACCUAAUAUUACCAAGGCAUCUGACAUGCUUAUAUUCUAGUUGUCUGUAUAGGUAAUUUACAGGACUUACCGCAAGUUGGAUGUCAGGGAGGGGAAUGCGUUUGUUUUCUUUUAGAUACUAAAUAAUAUAUUAAUACUCCCAGUGGCUGUAUUAGGCAUUCUUUUGAUUGAACUGGAAAUGAGGAGCAGUGAAGUUGUGCCAAACGGACACGUUAGUGGCUUAUUUCUGCAAUUCUGUUCCUCUCAUCCAGUAAUAAAGGAUCAAAAAGUGCUUUAAUUCUAACUUGAAGAGAAGAAAAAAGGUCUAUAUUUAUUUGUUUCUAUGAGGUUUUUCAGAUUUAGUUUGAGCUUGAACGCAUAUCCUGAUGUGGAUUUAUUUGUGAGAGUGAAGAAUGUGUUAUGAUUGCUAUUGAAUGAGCAGAACGUGUUCUGAUAAGAGCUUUAAUAUAGUAAAUGAAAAGGCCCACUGCAUAUGCACGAUUUUUGUCAUUAAUGCAGAAUGUUGGUCAUUAUUUUUGUAAGUAAUAAAGAUGAGAA